AUGGAAUACAGGCUGGAGUUCAUGGUGCUGCUUGUUUUUCUGGCAGCAGCUUCAUCUGUCGCCCUGAGCAGAGAAGAGUUCGCAGAAGCGAUGGCAUAUUUAAGGAAGUAUGGCUAUCUGCACAUCCCACUGGACAGUAAUGGCCGAAGCCAUCCACCUGAGGAGGUCGUGGAAGCCCUAAGGAUCUUUCAGAAAGCAACAGACCUGCAAAUAUCAGGAAAAGUAGAUUCAGCCACGCUGACGAUGAUGAACAAACCUCGAUGUGGUCUAGAAGACUCUUUCAAUAACAGAUCUCUCAAAUAUCGAGUCAUGGGUUACUGGCGCAAGAAGAUGCUGACCUACCGCAUCUAUAAUUACACCCCUGACUUGGGUCAGGGAAAGACCCGUCUGGCCAUCCAGAGCGCAUUUAAGUACUGGAGUGACGUUUCACCUUUAAGGUUCAAGGAGCUGCAGCGAGGAAGAGCAGACAUCAAGAUCUCCUUUCACAGAAAAGACAAGACGUGUCCGGUCCCCUUUGAUGGGCGAGGUCACGUUUUAGCCCACGCUGACGCCCCUGAGUCAGGCAUUGUGCAUUUUGAUGAUGAUGAAGUGUGGACAGAGGGGAAGUCCUACGGCUCCAACCUGAGGAUUGUUGCAGCCCAUGAGAUCGGCCACGCUCUGGGCCUGGGCCACUCGCAGUACUACAACGCCCUGAUGGGACCUGUGUACAACGGAUACCGCGCCGACUUCAAGCUACAUCCAGAUGACAUACGAGGGAUCCAAGCUUUAUACGGAAAGCCAGAGAAGACUCCUCCAUCCAGAAAUCCAAAUACGUUAGUGCCAGAGGGGGCUGUUCCAGAUCCUUGCAAGGCCACUCUGGACGCAGUAAUGUUGGGUCCUUUGCGUAAGACAUACGCCUUCAGUGGUCAGUACGUGUGGACGGUGUCCAGCUACGGCUACAACACUCCCAUCCCGAUCUCGGCGCUGUGGAAGGAGCUGCCAGGGAGCCUCAAUGCAGCUGUUCACUCUCAGCGGACUGGCAAGUCCUACUUUCUGAAAGACGACAAAAUAUGGAGAUACACCGGCUUCAAACUUGACCACAGCUUUCCCAAACGCCUGGCAAAUAUCCCUGCUAACAUCGACUCGGCCUUGUACUUCAACAAGAACAAAAAACUCAUCUUUUUCAAAGGCUCUGGGUACUGGCAGUGGGAUGAAAUUGGCCCGACAGACUUCGGUUCGUAUCCCAAACCAACUGAACAGCUCUUCCACGGGUCACCCAGCAACACCGACGCUGCAUUUGCGUGGACAAACGGUCAGAUAUACUUGUUUAAAGGCAGCCAGUACUGGCGUGUGAACCAGAACCACCAGGCAGUAGAGAAGGCCUACCCCCUGAGCACCGCUGCACGCUGGAUGCACUGUGACGACUGA